AUAUUUUCUCUUCCUCCUGCUUCGCUUUGUUCGCCGCCUUUUCCGUGAGUCACUCGCCGAGGAAUCAAUCAACACGAAGGCUCGCAAAGUUUAAAUUUCCAAACGACGUCGUUUUAACCUCUCUUGCCGAUAUAACAGCCACCAUUUGCCCUCGAAAAUGACGAUCAUACCCUUGUAAUGUUUACAAACAGGUACACUAGGAAAAGCACCAGCGAUCGGCAUCAUCCAAAGACAUUUCUUUCAGUAGCAGCUCAUCUUUUCAUUCACAUUCAGGCACUGCAGAAGCUCUCUCUGAAUCGAAGUACUAAUGGCAGCUGAACCGGUCAAUGUGAAUGAGUUCCAAGAACUGGCUAGACGAGCACUUCCAAAAAUGUACUAUGAUUUCUUCUCUGGGGGUGCUGAGGACCAGCACACACUAAGGGAGAACGUAGAAGCAUUUAGCAGAAUCACGUUUCAGCCAAGAAUUCUUGUGGAUGUGAGCAAAAUAGAUAUGUCAACUACUGUAUUGGGUUUCAAUAUCUCAUCACCGAUUAUGAUUGCUCCAACCGCUAUGCAUAAGUUGGCACACCCUGAAGGAGAGAUUGCAACAGCCAGAGCAGCAGCUGCAUGUAACACCGUUAUGGUGUUAUCCUUCAUGUCUACCUGCACCGUGGAAGAAGUUGCUUCUAGCUGCCAUGCUGUUCGAUUCUUGCAAUUAUAUGUAUUUAAGAGAAGGGAUGUAUCAGCUCAGUUAGUGCAAAGAGCUGAAAGAAAUGGAUUCAAGGCUAUUGUUCUAACUGCUGAUACUCCAAGACUUGGUCGAAGGGAGGCAGACAUAAAAAACAGAAUGGUCUCACCUCAGUUGAAGAAUUUUGAAGGUCUCAUAUCAACUGAAGUUGUCACUGACAAUGGUUCAAAUAUUGAAGCUUUAGCAUCAGGAAUGUUUGAUGCUUCUUUGUCUUGGAAGGAUAUAGAAUGGUUAAGAUCUAUCACAAACUUGCCGAUUCUGAUCAAAGGGGUACUCACUUGUGAAGAUGCAAUAAAGGCCGUGGAAGUAGGAGUUUCUGGGAUUAUUGUCUCCAAUCAUGGAGGUCGCCAGCUGGAUUACGUUCCAGCCACUAUUUCAGCCCUGGAAGAGGUGGUUCUUGCGGUUGGAGGGAAAGUUCCUGUUCUCUUUGAUGGAGGGAUACGGCGUGGAACAGACAUCUUCAAGGCACUAGCCCUUGGUGCACAGGCAGUCUUUAUUGGAAGGCCUGUAAUCUAUGGGCUGGCUGCAAAGGGCGAACAUGGGGUGAGACGGGUCAUUGAAAUGCUGAAGGAUGAGCUUGAGAUCACCAUGGCCCUCUCAGGCUGUUCCAGUGUGAAGGAUAUCAGCAGGAGGCAUGUGAGAACAGAGCGAGACAGACUCCAGUCCAUGCUCUAACUUGAUGUUGUGAGUUAAAAUUAUAUCCAGCAGAAGGAUGGUCAAAUGAUCAGUACCACAACGAAUAAUGUGAUGAAGUUUGUGCAAUGCCCAGAUUUGAUAUUACAGACUCUGCGUCAAAUCAUAAACGGUGCAGCACAAAACUGAUGCUAUUUUGGUACUUUGCUGGAGACAGCAUUCUACUGUUAUUCAAUAUGGGGAAUUGGUUCCUUGAUUCUCUUCUGCAUGCUUCCCGAAGUUCUCUCAUAUGAAAAUUAUAGUUUUGACUUCA